AUGUUCCAGCUACUGAGAAGUUUGACUAACUUCUUUGACUCAUUUACAUUUGUCUCUCAUUUAAUCUUUCUUAUCUUGCGUCAUUUAUAUUUACAUUCAACCUUGCUUUAUACGUACCGGCAGCAGUUUCAGUCAUUCUCUACAACCGGCCUUUACUGUUCAAGCUUCUCAAAUAUCUUCAAGUUCAUCUAUCUGUCAAACAGUUUCAGUUAUUAUCCUUCUGCAUUGGUUUUUGGCUCAAAAGAUAUCAAUAUUAUCACCGAAUCCUUUGCCAGAAGCUGUUCUAAUCAUCAUCCUUCUGCUUUGCUUGCCAUUAAUUCUGGUUCUCCCUUCAAAAACAUCAAAAUUAUCUCAAUUCAUAUUACAGGUAAGUAUCAUUUUCUGACCGCCUUCCAUCGUUUGCUUAUCAGAUACUGAAAUAUCACAGGUAAAUAUUAUCUUGAAAACA